AUGGCACCAGAGAUCCUGGAAUCGCGCACGCUUGUUCUCGACGAUCGUCUCAAGGUUUCAAUUUCGGCGGAGGGAUGCUUCUGCGGUCCGUUGGUAUCCAAGCUGCUCGAGGAGACGCUUGCUAGCAUGAUAGACAACGUUCGGCAGGCCGUGGCUGAUUCGGCUGAGCACGACGUCGGCAGGGUCGAACGGGAGGCGAGGACCCAGAAGAAUGCUCCGGGGAUGCGGCAUCCGUUGGUUGUCCCCAAGAGGAGGGUGGCCGGAUCUGUCCGUGAAGGGAGGGGCGCAGGGUUACCCGGCGGCGGUAGUGGUGGCGUUGGUCAGAAAAAAUCGGAGUCUUCUGGCGGCACCUCGGCAGAAAUGGCGGCGAUCAUCACCCCAACGAGAGGCCGGCUUCUGACGGAGAGGGGAAAAAGAUUCCAAGAUACCAAAACCUCGAAGUGGCUAGACAGGAUGUGGGCCUUCGCCGCCAAGCUGCGGGGAGCGAAGGCGUUUGCGCUAGACCUCGAGGCUUCCAGCCCCCUGGAAUUCCUGGAGAGCAGCUGGGCUCGUGCGUAUCUGCCUGCUUCGUGGCGAUCGCAAGAGGCGGCGGCAGCGGCUGAUACCGAAGAGGGACGGAAACUAGCGGGGAUGGAGGAAGAAUUGAGACUCCUUGGGGUAUCGAAGGCGUUGCUGGCGGAGGCCAUGGGAGAGAAGGAAGAGGAGACGGUCAGACGGCUGCGAGAGGCCAAGGACAAACAGAUGGAAGAAUACGCCGAGCUCGAAGAUGCACUUCUGGCUUGCACCAAGUACCUUCUUGGGCCUCGCGAGCUGCGCAUACAAUCAGGUCACAAUGUGCUGGUGGCGGAAUUCCAAGGCCUGGACAUCCUCGACGCCCUCUCUGCCGCUCGCCACCCGGGGGGCGAGGAGGACGAUGGUGGCAGUAGCAGCAGCGGCAGUACCGACUCCACCUAA